UGAGUCGCCUUUGCUUUCCUCUUUGGGGGGACCCCGUAACCGCCGCCCCCCAGCGCUGCUUCUCUGUCAGCUUCGGAGUCUCGUGGUGAGCCCGCACCUCUGCGGAGAAUAACCACCAUGAGUUCCAGUGCUUUGUCCAAACCUCAGAUGCGAGGCCUUCUGGCCAAGCGUCUUCGAGUUCAUAUUGUUGGAGCAUUUGUUGUAUCCCUGGGAGUUGCAGCUCUCUAUAAGUUUGCUGUGGCUGAACCAAGAAAGAAGGCAUAUGCGGAUUUCUACAGAAAUUAUGAUUCCAUGAAAGAUUUUGAGGAGAUGAGGAAGGCUGGGAUCUUUCAGAGUGCAAAGUGAUCUUGAACCAUAAAGGUAAUGAUUAGCUGGAGUGACUGUUUCACAG